GAUUCUGUGUGUCGUAGAUUAUCGGAUAUGGGCGGGGCUUCAGCGGUCACUGGAGAUAAACACUCUCAGGACUCCAAGCUCAGAGUUAGUUUUCGACGCAGAAACUUCCAAUGAGGGCGAAGCAGAUUGUCGUUGGGAGCCACAGACUGCGAGUACGCGGCACUGUCUCUUUAAACACGCCUGGUGCGAACAGUUCAGUCAAGGUCUUUUAUCCACAGAAGGCUGCGCGGAGGAGGGUUCUGCGCGGUUUGAUGCAGAGAUCGGCGUCUGAUAUCGCGAGCGCAGCGAAGCAGAUGGCUGGCGACGGCGGCGAGGCCAAACGUCUUCCAAAGAGACCGUUUCACGGCGAAGCAGAGGAGAAAUCCAGCGCGACCAUGAAUGAAAACGUCAAAAUUAAGCCCGGUAAAAAGACUUCGGGUGAACGGCGCGGUAAGGAAAACUCUGCCGCCAAGCGUACUGCUUUGACAGGCGGCUCUGCAGAGGCGAAGAUGGACCAGACCGUAAUUCACAGUCCCCAAACGCGAGAGGACCCGAGCAUUUUCUUCGACGAGGACAGCAAUCACAUUUUCCCAGUGGAGCAGUUCUUUGGGAACAUGGAUGUUGUUCAGGUAAGCAAGCUAAACCGAUUCAGAACACAUGUUGUUAGAGCGGGGGUUCAGUCUUCAGUUGGCUGGCAGGAGCUGCCACUGACAGGUCACGUGACCUGCCACCAUCCACCGGCGGGUCAGCUGGUCUGCCACUCCAGCCUGUUUGAAGACCGAUUACCUGUUUGGAAGUAAUUUGGUUUGUUUUAUUUUUAUUUUAUUUGUAAAUUUUUCUUUUUAAUUACUUUGAAUAAAUAAAUAUAUUUGCGUUCAUGUCUCCCUCUGACCGCUUUCUCCAGCCAGUCUUUUUUAAGCUACGAGUAUGCCUAGGCUAUGCAUUCCCCACCACUCCUGUUGCAAGGAAAUGAAUAAUUUUAUUAUUGUGAAUUCUUUUGAAUCUAUUCUUUAGUAUGAUAUAUGUUUCGAGGAGGUUUAUCUAAUGGCCGUGAUCAUGACUGGUGGGUUACUUACUGCCACUUCUCUCCAGCCAGCUGCUUAAGCUGAAAAUCCUUGCCCAGUUUAGUUUAAGAAGAAAAAAAAAAUUGUUAAAAGGAAAGUAUCUAUCUGUCUAUCUGUCUAUCUAUCUGUCUGUCUGUCUGUAUGGUGUGUAUACAAUAAUAGUAAUAAAAAAGGAAAAAAUAUGUAAAAUUGUAGAAGUAGUUGCAUAAUUAAAAGUAAAAACAAGAAAUGUCAGUCUAUUAAUUUAUCACUCCUCGUUCCUCCACAACUGACUGAAAUUUGAUUAAUAUUUGUAUUUAAAAAAAAAAAAAACAUUUUUUACUUUAUUUGCUUCUUUCUUUUGACUCUGUAGUUUCCCAUUGUUGUUACAAUAAGAAUAAAAAAAACACACUUUGUUUGCCUUUAGAAAAGUCAUGCAGUUUCUUUCAUUGGGAUAUCAAAGAAGUAAAAAACAUUAGCUGAGAAAAUCUGAAUUAAAUGUUAAAUAUCAGUUGACAGUCCAUGCAGGUUAUGAACUUUCAUGGCUCUUUGCCCUAGUAACAAAACCCUGAUCUAAGUUGAGCUUUGCAGAUGAAUAACAUUCAGCCAGAUGGCUUUGUUUGCACACAGUAAUCCUGAAAUAUUGAGGUUAAUACAAGACCAUGUAGGAUUAUUGGAGCAAAGGUCUGUUAAUGCUCAGUAGGGUGUCAAAUUGCAGCAGGUGUCUGGCUCAUGAUGCAUGCGCUCAACGGACAGUGUUAUUAAUGCAAUUUUAAUGUCUUAAUGUGACU